AAACCAGAGAGAGAAUCCCAAAAAUGACAUCUAGAUUGCGGUGGAGCAGGGAGCGACUGGGACGCUGAGAGAAGAAAGAACCAAGUCAGAGCGAGAUCUAAUUUGCAGGAUCCUAACCCUAAAAAAGACGCACCAGAAAGACGCAGCAAAUUACGCACGGUUUCCAGUUUGGAUGCGUCUGCUUCAGACUUUUAUUGCCUCUUUGGAAAUGUAGUUGCAUUCUUGAGAAAAAAAAUCUCAAGAAGGCAUUUGUUGUUAGUAGUUGAUGAGAGAAGUGAGAGCCGUUGAGGCUCCGUUUCCUGUUUGCCAGUGCGCUGCAGCUGGGCUGAAGAAGCCCCGCAGGGCUGACUGAACACCGGUCCUCCUUCCCCGCUUCAAACCACAGCCUGUCCGCUGCCAGUCCGCUGCGAAAACUCGCUGGAAAAAAAAAAAAUGUGCGACCUGAUGCCAGCCUCCCAGCCCCCGGAGAAAAUCGGCAAAAUGAAAAAGUUGAGGAGAACUUUGUCCGAGAGUUUCAGGAGUAUCGCUUUCAAGAAAGAGGACAGCGGCUUUGAUGAGAUAUGUGUCACAAAGAUGUCCACACGCAGCUGCCAGGGAACAGACUCAGUCAUCAAGCCCCUGGACACCAUCCCUGAGGACAAGAAGGUGAGAGUGCAGCGCACGCAGAGCGGCUUCGACCCGUUUGAGAAGCCCACCAGCCAGGUGAAGAGGGUCCACUCUGAGAACAAUGCCUGCAUCAACGCCAAGGGGUCGUCCGCCGGCAAGGAGUCGCCCAAACUGCGCCGACACUCCAGCCCUAGUUCUCCUACAAGCCCGAAGUUUGGGAAGGCAGAUUCCUAUGAGAAGCUUGAGAAACUGGGCGAGGGUUCAUAUGCUACAGUUUACAAAGGAAAGAGCAAGGUGAAUGGGAAACUGGUGGCUCUGAAGGUGAUUCGUCUGCAGGAGGAGGAAGGGACGCCCUUCACAGCCAUAAGAGAAGCAUCUCUUCUGAAAGGCCUGAAGCAUGCAAACAUUGUGCUCCUCCAUGACAUCAUCCACACCAAGGAAACCCUGACUCUGGUCUUUGAAUAUGUGCACACCGACCUGUGUCAGUACAUGGACAAACACCCUGGGGGUCUCCAUCCAGACAAUGUGAAGCUGUUCCUGUUCCAGUUACUGAGAGGCCUGUCCUACAUCCACCAGAGGUACAUCCUUCAUCGCGACCUGAAACCACAAAACCUGCUCAUCAGUGACACUGGAGAGCUCAAGCUUGCUGACUUUGGCCUGGCCAGGGCCAAGUCCGUCCCCAGCCAUACCUACUCCAACGAGGUGGUGACCCUAUGGUACAGGCCUCCAGAUGUCCUGCUGGGAUCCACAGACUACUCCACCUGCCUGGACAUGUGGGGAGUGGGCUGCAUUUUCAUUGAGAUGAUCCAAGGAGUGGCUGCCUUUCCUGGGAUGAAGGACAUCCAGGACCAGCUGGAGAGGAUAUUCCUGGUGCUGGGCACCCCAUCUGAGGAUACCUGGCCAGGUGUUAACUCUUUGCCUCACUUCAAACCAGACCGCUUUACAGUGUACAGCGCUAAGAAGCUCAGACAAGCGUGGAAUAAGUUGGGCUAUGUGGACCACGCUGAAGAGUUGGCUUCCAGGUUCCUCCAGUGCUUCCCAAAGAACCGGCUGUCGGCCCAGGCAGCGCUGAACCACGAAUACUUCAGCAACCUUCCUCCACGGCUCUGGGAGCUGCAAGACAUGUCUUCUAUCUUCACCGUACCAAAUGUCAAGCUGCAGACUGAGAGCGGGGACAGCAUACAGGUGUGCGCACGAAGGAACAGUCAUGGAAAGGCAUCCUCUGGCAGCAAACACUGACCUGAGGCAGCAUCCUGCACAUGAUUGCCUGACAGGUGGCUGUUGUAAAAAAAACCAGAUGAAGACAAAGAUGCUGAGAUGGAGGAUCCAGACGAAUGGAAGAGCCCCAGUUCUCUUUAUUUAUUACCUUCACAAUAUGUGUGAGCGUGUGUGUGUGUGUGUGUGUGUGUGUGUGUGUGUGUGCGUGUGCGUGUGUGUGCGCCGUGUGUGCACCGUGUGCAUGAGAAAGGGAGUAAGCAUUCAGUACAGAUAUGAAUGCAUGUGUGCAUUAUGAACGGUACCUAAGAUUUCAGGCUAUCAUUUGCAAAUCAAAUUUUGUUUACUUUUUAUAAGGUUCCAAUAACUCAUAUAUCAUUGUCACAGUAUAAACAAAAGGACUUUACUAUUGGUACAUAUUGUGUUUUGUGUUUGUAACUAGCCUCCUAUUUAAGAAUGUAUAUUUGUAUGUAUGAUAUACUCAUCUAGAAACUAUAUAAUGGACAAUUUUAAUAUUGCUUCAUCUUCUCACCACUAUACUGCUCACGCCAAGACGCAUAACUCAACAGACGCACACAGGAGACAUGCAUACAAGCAAAAAUACAUCUAUAAAACAAAAACAAUGCAGUCCGUUCAAAGAAAAAAAAAAGUCCUAAAUAGUACGUUUUCAAUUUCUUUCUUAACUGGUUCACUUCUAAUUUGUGGAACCACAGACAAUAAUAACUAUAAUGGAGGGCUUUUUAGGUGGUGUAACACAACCUCUGGCAGCCAUUUUGGAGGUCCUUGGUUCUUUGGUAGUUGAGAAAAGCUCAUGUUAUUUUAAAUGUACAACUCUCUUGUUUAAAGGUUGAACUUACAAUUUAAUGACUGGUACAUGUGUCUGAUUUCGUAUUAACAUAAUAGUAGCUUGUUAGCUGACUAACUGUGGUUUUUGUUGGGCAACUGUCACCGUUUUGGUACCAAAAAAUAUGAUUUAAACACUAAAGCCUACAUCUAGUAGGUAGUAGUAAAUAGGGAUUAGUAGUUGUGUAUGAACGUAUUGAUCUUUGUCAGAUAUUUCGCUUUCUCUCCUUACUUGCCAGUGGGUGGGUUAAGGUCGCACAUUUGAACAUUUUCAACAAAAUGCAUUUUUCACAGUCUUAUUUUUGUAGUUUUGACCAUCGUUCUCAUCAAUUCUGAGAAUAUUUCACUCACAAGUAGCAUUAAUUUAGGAACUGCACUGUAAAAGCUUUUGAAUAAGAAACAUUAACAUGUUUCUCCCAGGCCCCCGAAAGUUCGAUUGGCUUUAAGGCCAAUUAUCGUAGUGGCCAAGCAGUGGAAUUACAAACGCGGGGUCCAUCACAUGAUGCCAUAGGGCCCCAAAAAAAACUUUUCCCAUAGACUUACAUUGUGACAGAGAUGACUGUAAAUCAGUUGAUAACUUUUUUUGAGCGUCACAAUCCUCAUUUCACUAUUGGGACUUUAUCCAUGCAGUCCAAUAAUAUUUCAGAAGUCUAGAAGAGCCACACGAUUUUAUCCCCAUUCAAGUUAGCAGAGGGCUAAAUCGAAAGUUAGCCUCUCGGACGGCAGAAGUUAGCUGCUGGGCUCACAAAAGUUUGUAGUACGCUUGCUUUAUUGGCCCAAUGUUGCAGAGGAUCUGGGUAACUCUGUACCCAGUAAGUUGAACUUUUAUGGCUUCAUGCACCAGCUGUAUCCAGUUCUCUUUAUACAUCCAUGGUAUUUUCUCAGAAACAUGAUUCCAGCUCUAGCCGUGCUGCCAUUUUCUCCCAGUGGCCAACCUAGGUACUAAAACAAAACAUAUCCCCUGUGGUCUAAAGACACCAGUGUGCAUGUACAGUGGACCACACACUGCGUAAAUAAACAAUUCAGCACAUAGGUUGGGUGUGCAACCUUCACUGAAAGGAGCCUGUGCCAUCUUGGAGUCUGGUACCCAGUUCUUACAAUACAUCCAUUGGGUAACAACACUCACAUUGUCUUGUUUUCCCUUCAAAAAAAUGUUGUUGGUUUAAAAUAUUUUAAAUGGAAUGGAUAAUUAUAGUUAACUUUUCAAUAUUUGUAAUGCGACAAAAUAUUACCAUAAUCCAUGACAAUGGUGGCCAAAACUGCAAAAGUAAGACCUUGAUUUUAUGAAAGUGCUACUAGUUAGGAUUUCCUUUUAAUUUUUCCAGUGGACCUCCACGACAGAACCAGACCUGGCUUACAUAAGCUUUGUGUUGCAACUGAAAAGCCUCUCCAAAGUAGAUGAUCUCUGCUAGAGAUGUUGAAGGUGCACACAUAAGACAACAGGGACAGCACUAACCAAUGUGCGUAGGAAUAUAGACGCAAUACCAUAGUUGACAACAGCUGUAAGUGCGUGUGUCUAAUAGAGAGCUGUGUGCGCUAGUGUGUGUGAGUGUAUUAAACAUGGGCAAUAGCUAAGCAUUGGGGCUUCCAUCCAUGCAUAUGAGCUAAUGUACAAAAGGUAAAAUACCAAGGCAAUAGGAUGUGUGGCCUAUUGUAUGAUCCAGCCCAUGACAAUCCUCCCUUUCACUUUAUCUGAUACCAACAAAAGAUCUGCAAUAUUUUAUUAGAUACAGAUGUCAAUAACAACAACUUUUUGUUACUGAUCUGGCGCUUUUCUUUUAAAUUAAACCAGCGUGGGGAUGAAUGUGUUCCAGCGUGUGGGAGUGUGUGUGCAGUAUGUGUACUGUAGGUGGUGAUUAACUUUGAUCAGUCCCUUCACCACCAACAUGUGCUCUCAGGUGGAGACUUCCCCUAUAUGUGUGCCCCUCAACAUCCUACACAUCCUAAAUGUUUUGAAACUUUUUAUGACACCAUGACGAAGGUCAGCUGUAUAAUGUAGUAUCAUCUGCAAAGAUGUUUAUACUGUUUUAUGGUCUUUCUUUUAAUGUUUUGUGUGAAAAUAUCUGAAUAUUACAGCUUAGACGUAUGGUGAUAAUUGUGAAGUACUAUCAAUACAAUGGCUUCCUAUUGAUCAAUCAGUUUGAAAUCGACUGAGACAAUAAUAUUGGCCCUGCACUGUUGAUUAGCCGAAGAGAUGAGGCUGCUAAUGUGGCGUUGUGGAGAAUUGGAAACUGUGGAUAAUAUGUCGCUCCACGGUCUGUCAAACACACUCACACACACACACACACUCACAUUUAUAAUAUAGAUGUCUUGCCUGCUAGGAUAACCUUCCCACACCCAUCUAGUCCUAUCAGCACCAGUACAGUAUAAACCUGCAGCCCCUCCAUGCCUCCCUCCAGCUGGUAUUUGCUUUGCAGUCUGUCGCAUUCAAGGAUAGGUUUGUAUUUUUUCAUGUCUAUCGUAAUACAACACUUCCAUAAUGUUGUCACCCCAUUCUCCAAGUAGGUACCAAAAUGCAUUCCAAAAUUCAGCUGUAGCCAAAAUGGAGCUUCAGCAGUCUGAGUCGGCCCAAUCGAGUGGUUAUCUUCGUCGUUUGUCAGUUUCAUAACAGAUCAUUUUCUCAAAAGCUGGUGGACCAGAGCCUAAAUGACAAGAAAUGUUUGACCAACUUUUCCCAGGUGGCUGGGAUGUGAUGCCCAUGUUAUGUUGCUUUAGAUGUAGCCUGGCAGCUAUCUGUUGACAAUGUUAGCAAACAACUGUCAACUUUAUAAGAACACCACCAAUUUCAGCAAUCCAGCCUAUCCUAAACAGUCACUGGCAGUAUAUCUAAGAUAGACAGUCAAACAGACACACAUACACACAGAUGUGAAGAAACACAGGAAAUGGAAGCUUUUCUGAAAACUGUAGUGAUGCAUGAAUGUUUCAGAAUUGGUGUCUAAACAUGACUGCCACAACAUAAGAUGGUUAUUAUUUUUUAACGUGCGUCAAUUUCAGACAAAACAAAUACUGACUUGGUGUUCAAAGGCCUUAAACCAUGUCACAAAGCAAUAUUUCCAUCAUGUUUUUCACAUAUUUGACUUAGCACCAUCGACUCUUUAGCUUAGUGGGCCAAACUCCUAAUAUUUGCGUAACAGUAGUGAAUGGAAACACACAUUAUUUUGAAUUUUGUUGUGCUGAUUCUCUGCAAAUGUGGUUAAAAUUUGCACCAUUUCCAUGGAAACUUCAUCUCCAACUGCUGAAGAUAAGUUUUGGCUGAACUUUGGGAUGAAUUUUUGCACAAAACAAGGACUGCAGAUUUUUUCCUUCUAUCUUUUAGCCACUUGAGUUAAGAUAGACUUGAAAAUAUCUUAACCUAUCCUUUAAAAGAGGAAAAGCAAUAAAGAGAAGGAAUCGGAGUCUUAUAGUACUUUGGCAUUUUACCAUGACUGCGUUCCUGUCCAGCUUCUUCAACCAUAGAGGAGAUAGUGGCUCUGAGGCAAAAUAAAUGAUUAUGGGCUAGAUUCUCCCCAAUAGCGUUUUGAAAAUGCACUUUAAAGAAAAAUCAGUUUGCCCUACAUUCCAGCCUGUAUAGUCACUUUUAUGCACUUGCUUUUCCCUUAAUGAUAAAUAUAUAAAUAGAAAUAUAUAUAGAAAUAUAUAUAGACCCUUGCUUUGCCUGACGCAAAGCAAACCAGCCCUUCUUACAAAUGUAAAUAUUGUCCCUGGUUUUGAACCUUUACCACAGAUUGAGGAGAGCUCAUAGGAAUACUGUACUUGAAGUUAUCUUGCGGCUUUUCAGUGUCAUCCCCAGGCUGUGAUUGUGUGGCAGAAAAAAAGGGGAGGAGAGGGGGUGGGUAAUGCCAGUAAAGCGGCGUGACAGAAGAGGGUUAAUACCAUCGAGCUGUGCUAAGAUUGCCCAGCCUCAUGUGGCUUUAAGGGAUUGCAGGCAGUAUUAGCAGCUGAAUAAUUAUUUUUGGCAUGUUUCUCCUUGUGCACACUUGCGGUGUGGCACACUUCGCUUUGUUUGCCCCUCAACACUCUUACUUUUGUGGAGUUUUGGCAGCCUGCAGUCUUGUACAAAAACUUAUAUUUUUGAGUCCUGUGUGGGCAGAGUUCCUGAAGGCACUCUGUUCAAACUUGAAUGUUCUUCAUAUAUUUCAAAUAAAGUCCAGUGAAGGAAAGACUUGGUGGAAUUGCACAUUUAGCACUGUGACAGGAACGGUGAGAAAUAAUAUCAAUAUAAAUGUCAGAUGAUAGAAGGUGAAACCUUCUAUGAAGUGAAAUAGUGAUGCUUCCACUAUGUUUGUAUACAGGGUUGCAAAGGUCCCCUUAAUGCUAUCAAAGAGAGAUCAUAUAUGAAUAAACAUGUAUGAUGACUAUAAAUAUAAGGCAUCUAUUUUUGGCAUUGUUUAUCAUGUGGACAGAAGUGGUAUCGGUAGGAAAAACAUAGGUUGAAUCCAACAUGCAUCCUUGUUGUGCUGAACAAUGAAUCUGUGUUUGCAACUUUUUACAACAAAGCUUCUCUCGCGUUUUAUUUUUCUUUUUUGUAUGCUGCACUGAAAAUACGUCAUUUUCACAAGUGGUUUGGAAAACAGAAGUGUCGUCACUUCAUCAAGUGAAACAAUAUAGUAUACAGUAGAAUAGCUGUUGCAUUAUUUGUUACGACCUGUAUGUAAUGUUAUUAUGGAAGAUGUAAUGUCCUUCUGUAAAUGUUGUUUAAUGUUGUUUUACCUGAAAUAAAAUUUAUUAAUGCUUCA